CAUUUUCUUUAUAGCGCGGAAAUCUUGUUGAAUUUUCGAUAGGGGAUUCUUUGUCUUGAGUCACCAGCCCUCAUUACGUAGUCAGAUAAUGGAUGGUCUAGACGCUAGCUUGCAUGCUGGUCAUUCAAUAUUCAAUACUAAAGAAAAUUGACUAGUCGCCGGGGUGGCUGAUUUCCCUACGUGUAUCUUGCGAACCAAUCAGAGUAAAGAUGUAGUUCACUUCGGGAGUAUCAAAAGAUUUCCUUAUCAGUUUCCAUCGAGCGAUCCGACUAAACUAAUCCUGAGAAGAGUAGAAGUUUUGAUUCGCAUCUCCAAGUAUUUGACUGAUAAAAUUUCAUUGAACAAGUUACAACUGAAUGUGACAAAUAUCAUUUCUAUUUGAAUCGUGUUAUAUUGCCCGUGAAAAUAUAUUCUGCCAGUCUUGCUCUGUGACUCCGAACUCAUUGUGAGGCAUAAAAUUUAAAAGUUUACUGCGUUAGUUAGGUCCAGUGAUAUCGGCUGAUUUUACUUAAAUUCAAAAUGGACAUAUCCGACGCCACGAAAGUGUUAAAAUGGAACAAACGAUUGCUCGACGUUCUAGGGCUGUGGCCUUUGAACUUAAAUGAAGUCAAAUUCUCUUUUUUCUUUAUUUACAUAACAGUUCAGUGUUUUUUACAGUAUGCCGAUUUAGCAGAAUACAUUUACGACUUUAACUAUGUUGUCAGAAAUUUAACAGAGACCAUCGUUUUGAGUAUGAUUUUUCUCAAAAUUUUUAUAUACAGAAUUAUUUCAAAUGAGUUGCGCGAAUUAAUACAGUACAUUCAAGAGGAUUAUUCGGAAAUAGUUUACAGUACGGCUAAUGAAAUAAAAACUUUUCUGCAAUAUACCUUAUUGUCAAAGAGAAUUGUUCAGUGCUUAUUAAUAACAUGUGGAUUUACUACGGUGCUCUUUUACAUGCAGCCAUUAACUACUCAAUUAUUGGCAUACAAUGAGGGAAAUUCAUCGACUUCCUUCAUAUUGCCAUUUCACAUUCGGUUAUUCUUCGAUGUAACGCAAGCGCGAAUAUAUUACAUUAUAUAUGCCUGUGAGAUAUUCGUCGUCCCAUUGGUUUUGUGUGGAUUUAUUGGUACCGAUUGUCUAUUGAUAACGCUGGUGCUACACAUUUGUGGGCAAAUUUCGAUUUUGACAAUGCAAGUGGGAAUUUUGUUGGACGAUCCACGAAAUCUGCGUGAAAAGCUCAAACGGAUCGUCAUAAGGCAUUGUCGUCUGCUAAGACUCUUUGCAAAUUUGCAGUCCGCGUAUUCUGCAUUCCUACUGCAAGAACUUUUUGGUAUAACUUUUCUAAUGUGCUUAGGAAGUUACAAUGUUAUCGCGACUUCUGCCGUGACAGACAGCUCAAAUUUUAUAAGAUUCUUAUUUUAUAUUCUUACUCUAAUAUUUCAACUUUUUGGUAUGUGCUAUAUAGGGGAAUGCGUUACGACUGAGAGCUCAUGCUUGUGCAACGCAUUUUACAAUUGUGAAUGGUACAACAUAUCACCAGAUCAUGCAAAAUCUUUCCUGAUGUGCAUAUUACGAUCGCAAAAGCCUCUCACAUUAACUGCUGGAAAUUUCUUUACAUUCUCCUUGGUAAAUUUCACAAGUGUCGUAAGAACGUCCAUCGGUUAUUUAUCAGUGAUGCGAAAAUUUUUAUAGAUGGUUUAAGAUAUAUCGUGGAACAAGACUUAAUUUUAAGAGCUAUAAGUUAUUGAAUGCACUAACAUAUGGUUUCGAUACGUUUCUGUAUUUUGUCGUGCAUCAUGACUGUAAGAAGAAAAGAAAGACUCA